AUGGGUAAUAAUAAUACAUCAAAUUGUCUUUCAACUGAUCUUGUUGAUGCAUCAAUACCUACAAAUGAUGAUAUAUUUAAAGUUGAUAAUAUUAAUUCAUAUGGUCGUAAACAUGCAACAGCUAAAAUUGAAGUAUCAAAUGAUAGUUUAUGUAUAAGACAAAAACAUCGACAAUCUUUACAUAUUCCAUUAGAAACAAUAAAACGUUUUGGUUUAGAUGGUUCAAUAUUUAUUCUGGAAUGUGGUCGUCGUGCACCACUUGGUCAAGCACGUUAUGCAUUUCGUUGUAAACAAGCACGUCGUCUUGUUGACUGUUUAGAUCAACGUAUAACCAUUAGAUCAAAACAAUUAUUAGAACAACAACGACGAGAAACAAUUAUAUCGUCUUCAUCUACAUUGACAAAUGUUUCAUCAACAUUACAUCAUCAUCGACGACGACGAACACAAUCAGAUCAAGGUGUAAAUCGUCGAAUGCCAUCAUCUAUUCUUUUUUCGUCAUCGUCAUCAUCGUCGUCAUCUUCAUCAUCAUCUGCAUCUAUUUCAUUGACUUCAAGAGCAACAUUUUCAUAUCGAAAUUCUCAUCCACAUCUAUCAGAAAAUUAUAUACCUUUUGAUACACUUCCUUGUCAGAAAGAAAAUAAUAAUAAUGAAGAUAAUGGACAAUUUAUUGCAAAACUUAAACAACCUGUUCAAAAACGAUGCGAUCCAAAACUUAAUUAUGUUGAAUUUAAAGCUGAAUCAACAAAAAUUUCGACCGAUGAUGAAGAUAUUUCAGCAGACUUGCAAGUACCGAUCAGUUUAGAAGAACCAGAUAUUGAAUCAGUGAAACAAUUUCCUAUUCAACAAUCAUCUAGACGAUCUAUUAUAUCACUUUCUAAUUCUCAUCAACAACAUAAAUCAAAUAGAACUAGUAUCAUCAAUCCAACAAAUUCAUGUUCAGAAUCAUCAUCAGCACCUUAUGUUUAUAUUGAUCAUGAGAAAACAACAACAUUGAAAGAAAUAGCUAAUGAACGAUUACAACAUCAACAACAAGCGCGUCGUACUGAAAUCUAA